CUUGUUUUAUAUUAAAUCGAUGGUAUUUUAAACAAAUAAAUGUCAGUUCCGAUAAAAAAAUAUCAAAGAGAACAAUGAAUACACUUUAUUGUAGUAUAUUUAUUGUGGUGAUUAUAUAUGCCUAUUUCGAUAUGGUAAAUGGUGUACCGGAGCCUAACAAAUUUGUCGAUGAAGACGGAGUACCGGUGAGAGGAAAACCUGCUACUCCAAUCAAAGUAUCCGCUAUUAAGAUACCAGUGAACAAAACAAUGAAAGUAGAAACCACACCGUCCAAAGAAAAGAAGCAAAAAAAUGAACCGAAAAGGCAUAAAAGAUCAUCACAAAAGAAAGAUAAGAAGGCCAAAUCGUCAUCAUCAACUUUGACCAUCGGAAGUCCAAUCGUCUUCAUUAUUACACCAUUUGUCAUUUCAAAGUUCCUUCUUUGAAAUUUACAGCUAUUUUGAAAUAUUACUAUCAAUUGGAAUAGUUUUCACUUUUAUGUACUCUUCUUCUAUUCAGUAAAUAAAUGAUUUUGCGUAACAA